CGGGCCCGUGCGCCGGCGCAUCACUCGCACGCCCGACGCCGCGGCCCGCGCCUGCGCACUUGAACAACGCGAUAUAUUUGAAAUACAUUUUGUUAAAUUAUUUUUUAAUACGCAAUAGUUCGAACAAAUUAGCGAAAUGUACAAGCCAAUCGUUGUUUUGUGUGUGGUGUUGUGUGUUAUAGAGGCGCUCCCAAGUUGGCAGUUCCUGCCUCCGAGGGACGGCUACAUCCCCGUGUAUAUUAGGCCGGGUGACACGCCUCUCAUAGAGAUCAACCCGGACCUCGCCGAGGCCUUCCACGACCUGCCUGCCGGCAGGAGCGCCGGCAAACACCUCGAGGCCUCCCCAGACACCCCAGAAACACCCGCCCCGGAGAAGGACGCCCCUGAGGCCCCCGAACAAGCCGACCAACCCCAACCCGACCCUGACACACCCGAAGACACAUCCAUCGACCGCCGCCCCUACGAAAAGAAAGUACUAGAAAAGAAAACUAAAAAACCCACAGAAGUAACCAAACCCGUGGAACGUAGAUAAGUGUUAGCUUAAACAUUUUUGUACUUAUUAUUUAAGAACAUUUGGAAAUAAUCGGUUACUUUUGAAAGCAAAAUUCUUAAAAGUAAUAAGUUAUUUCGGACAAACUUGCCGAUUAGUUUAGCAAGCAUUAUUGUUAUUUAUGUACCUACUUUGUAAGUCUUCACAGGACGGUUCUCGUAAUUUGCUUUGUACUCAUGUAUUUAUAAUGUAAGAUGAAGUAAAUAAUUUAUUUUUA